UCAAGCCUGAAACUUUGUCACCUAGUUUCGUGACAUGGCCUGGGAACAUGGUGCUUCCGGGCGCCUGGGCCCUGCUGGUGCAAACCGUGGCGGCGGGCACCUGCCUCCUGGACGCCCGCGGCACGGCUUCGCUGCGCACGGUGCUGCGGGGCCUGGGCGUGGCGCCGGAGCCCAACCCCUGCAACACCUGGGGCGUGCUCUGCGAGGAGGUGCCGACCUGUGAGGUGCUGUACUUGAGCAUCCACGCCUCGGGACUCUCGGGGUUCAUUUCGGAGGCGGUGGGCGGCUUGACGGAGCUGCGGAAGUUGCACUUGAACGAUAACCAGCUGCACGGUCCUUUGCCGGUGUCGCUGGGGCGCCUCACCAAGUUGACGGUGCUGGACCUCUGCAACAACCGGCUGAUGGGCGAAAUCCCGGAGUCCUUGGGCCAGCUCGCGCAGGUGAAGCGGCUGUUUCUGUGCGAAAACCAGCUGAGCGGGCCGUUGCCCUCGUCGCUGGGAAAGCUGCGUUCCCUGGAAGUCCUGGUGCUCUAUGAGAACCGCCUCUCCGGGAGGAUCCCUGUGACUCUAAGACACCUGCCGCUGAUGGAGGCCCAGUUCUGGGGCAACCCGGAGCUGGAGCCCAGGAGGACCCAGCGCCCCUGGCUGAACUGCGGGCCGCUGGCCAAGGACCCGUGCAAGAUCUUCCUGUUUCUGGAUCCUGCAGAGUGCCUUCUUUGCGUGUCCCUCUCAUUGGCCUUCGCGCUACUGGGGGCCUGGCUUCUGAAGACUUGGCAACAAAAGGCCGCCCAAACCCCGCCUCACGCGCCCGUGGGCGCGCGUCAGCUGGCGGCGGCAGCGCUGCGCCCCACGAGGUGGUACCAGCAUCUUGUCCUGGUGCUGGCCGUGGUUUCCCAUGUCUUUGCGCCGCUGUGCAUUGCGUGGAUUGUACACCCGGAGCUGGUGGUUCUAUUCCUUGCUGGCAAGGCGCUUCUGCGAAACAGCAGCAGCAAUGCGCUCAGCUUCUUUCCGAUUGGGCUCAGCGUCGGCAGCAGGUCCUACCACUCCUUGCUGUCCGAGCUGCUGGAAGUCUUGCUUCCCUUCGCCUCCUUUGCGGGUGCGAUGGUGGCGCUGAAUUUCGUGGACCCACAAACAAUGUUGCGAGUUCUUAUGAGGGAGGACCAGCAGGUGAUAGUCAACAUAUUGGCCGACCAGAUGACUGUGGGCAUCUUCAUGGCCUGCGUGUGCUCUGCCACGGUGCUUUACUCGCUGGUCCUUUGCGCCCUUCUGAUUUGCGCGGAUCGGAUCGCCCAGCCUGGCCCUUCGCCAUUGGACUCGGAUCGCCUGGCCUUAGCCUUGGCCAGGAUCACUGCGCAGGAGUCGUGGGUGCAGCAGGACAUCGCGGCGGAGGUGAGGAAUGCGCAAGAGCCCAGAGCUGGUCCUGUGGAGAUUGAGCUGGUGCCUGGUACGAGCUUCACGGCGGAGCCCGUGUCCUCUUGGGAGGUCCGUGCGGAAAACUUGGGGAAGAGGCGGUUGCUGAUCCACUGGGAUGGCAGGUCGUGCCAAGUGCAGAUGCUCACGCCGGGCCAAAUCUACCAGGACAUGGGGGUGAUCGUGGCAACAUCCUUCACGGACCUCUUUGUGGCAAAGCAAUUUUUGGAAGGCCACCACGUUUGGUUUGCCUUUCUCACAUUGGCCACGUCUUGGUGUUCAAUGCUGCUGGAGUUGCAGACCUGGAGGAACCUGAGGGAGGAGCUGCGCAAGAGCGUGGCGCAGGGCUUCUACACGGACCGAAUGGUCGCUCUGCGCGACUCCGAGCGGGGCUGCGAAGGCUUCAUUGAUCUGGCGCUGAAGGUGUACGGCAUGCCGUAUGGUGUGGACUCCAACCCGGACUUUAUCGGCUUUCUCUUCAUCAUUCUGAUGGGCCUCCGGGGUCUGGUUCUCAUGCUGCGGACCCGCGACCAGCUGGCGGGCUACUGAGCCCUGAGCUGAGCGAGCCGACGCCGAGCGCGAGGACUGGUUGCGCGUCGACAUACGACACAGAACGAGCAGUUGACCCCGUUCUGAAGGACCAAAGUGGCGAACUCCCGCCUAUUCAGCAAAGCGCGCACGGUGUCAUGCUGGAGGUGAUCAUGAAUUGACCCCCGAGCGGAGAUUCGGGACAACGAGUGCGGCUGCCAUCGGCUCAGCGCAGGUGGCGGGAAGAACAGCCCCCCUAGUCUUUUUGUAGACGGUCGGUCAGCAGGCUGCUAGUGGUUGGCGGCGAUGCGGCAAGGCGGCAAGGCCGCUUGCCUUGCGGGCCCCCAACACACCGAAGACUCUGCGCCGCUGGGAGCUGGAAGGGGGCGGAAAGCGCGCGAGGCGGGGAGCGAAGAGAUUUCAAGGGGGGCGAUCCGAACGGAGCACGGAAGCCAGGAAGACUCCCAUCCCCGACGGUGCUUGCAGCGAAGGCGCGGCGACGAGGAGAUGCUAUCUCAGUGGCUUCCUGGCGAUCAAGCCCCUCUGCCUGCAGCGACCCCCCCACGCCGCUUUUCAGUUCUUGCCUGCAAGAAGGCUACCCCGAGGUGGCCGCAGCGGGGCGCGCCUCGGUUGACGGGUAAGCAACCUUACCCCGGGCCACCUUCUGCCAGGCUGCAAGCGCAAGAAGCAAUGCUGGCCACCACGCCC